UCAGGAGUCAGGGCUCAGCCCAGUGGGCAGUGGGCCAGUGGCCCCUCCUUCUCUUUCUCUCUGUCCCUCCUCAUCUGUUAACCGAAAAUGACUGCAACCAAGUCUCUGCAAUCUACUUGCCCAUAUCAUCUAUAUAUAAAUACAUGGUGAUGUAACCACCCACUUAACCUUGGCCAUCCCCUCCUUUCUUCCUUUGAUCCUCUUGUUACUUCUCUUCUCGGGUUUGUUUAUUCUGUUCUUCAGUACUACUCAAUCCAAGCUUCAUCAAUGGUGGAUCUCCAGACUGUAUGUUGCAUGUGCGGCGACGUCGGUUUCUCCGACAAGCUCUUCCGUUGCACCAGAUGCCAAUAUCGUUUUCAGCAUUCGUACUGCAGUAACUACUACAGCGAACUGUCGGAGACUCCUGAGUUGUGCGACUGGUGCCAGAGUGAAGAGAGAAGUGCAAAGCAUCGUGGUUCUAAUUCGAAGAAGUUUGCUGGAAACGACUCCUCCGGAGCCCCCAACAGGUCUCAGUAUUCCGGUGACAAGAUCAAGCAACAUGAUCGGGAUGACAGUUCCGACAAGGGGAGAGGCACGGGUAGCAAUCCUUCCCCAAGACCAACUACACGCAGGUACAAGCUUCUCAAGGAUGUAAUGUGUUGAGCGAAAAUGAAAGGAAAAAAAAAGUAGUGUUUUGUUAACCAGAAGUUCCUUAAUUAAUACUUGUUAUCUAGUUUUCCAAGAGUUCUACUUUAAUUGUUCUGCGUGUGGUU